GGCAACUAUGUUGCAAUCAACAAAAAAUUUAAAACAUCUGUUUUCCAGAGAAUUCAUAAAUAUCUACUCAACUAUAUUCAGUUGCAAAAUACCAAAUAAAAUGGAAAAAAUAAACUAAUCGCUGGUAAAAAAUUUGUGCUCCGUGAAUAAACAAUAGAAUACGGUCAAAAUGUCUCCUAAUCUUGACGGUUGGAUCCACAGCUUUACAGUUACAGACACGUUAACUCACAAAGGCGGUUAUACCAUUUACAAAAUCACGUCAAUUGUAUUUCCAAGAUCUCUCCCUCAAGCGCUCACUUGCCUAACAAUUUGGAAACGGUUUCAUGAUGUUAAACGAUUACACCGCGAGCUGUCUCGUCGCCACCGUAGUCUUAAAUUGCCAGGCCAACUUCCCGAACCGACUGAUUGUAGUUUCUUCAAGCGAUUUGAUGCUAACGUUAUAAGUCGUCGCAAAGAAUAUAUUUUACAACUACUAGAUUUUGUGGCACAACACUCCGCACUUUAUAAGUGUCAUGCUUUUACUCAAUUCUUUAGUGAAGCACAGCAAACAGGUAUUGGGGGCGUUGCGAAUAGAAGUCUGAAUAACACAUCUUUUAUGUCAAAUGUAUCUCCUUUACAUCAUUUAUACUCUACGGAAGUCCGCAGAAAUAAUGGAAAAUCUGAAUUAUCCGACAACUUAAGUUUACGCUGCGACACCUACGACAUGAAAAGAAGUAUUACCGAAUUCGAUUCACUAAACACAAAUCAGCAAAACGUGGACAAAUUGAAAACUACUGCGAUAUCAACAUAUGAAAAUGAGGACAAUAUAGGGAAGUCUAUACUUGUGGGAUUUGAAACUGACAAAAACGUAAUACACAAAGAAGAUGAAAAGAAAGAGACGCCCUGUAAUGACUAUAAACGUUUUUUAACACCUAUGGCUUCAAUUGAAAGUGAUGAUAGUGAUUAUAUUUACGAAGCUGCGUUGGAAUUCAGUAAAGCAGUGCAAGGAGAGGCAAAUCUGGAUUAUCAAGAGGCCCAUAUGCGUUAUAAACGAGGUGUUGAGCUACUUUUGUUUGGGUCAAAAGAUGAUACGAACGACGAGCGCAGAUUCAUUGCAAAAGCUAAAAUAUCCAAAUAUCUAGCGCGCGCUGAUGACAUCUAUGAAAAGUUUUUGUGUGACAAUUCCACUCAAAGAGGUUUUGGCGGUGGAGUAAAGAACUUUCAGUUGUCUAUCGAUGUAACAGAAAGCACUGUAGAUGGCCAACCACUCUAUCUAGAGCGUCCAUGGAACCACUUGGCAAAAUAUAAAGUUCUGAAAGUACUUGGAGAUAGUGUAAUGCAGGUUUAUUGUGUUACAGAGCCUGAACCGCGUGCAAUAUAUGUUAUGAAAGGAAUUGAAAAGCCUUCCAGUAACGCGCCUACACAAACAAUUUUUUUGCCACAACAUGUACCAUACAUGGUCGAUCUGUUAGCAUUCUUCCAAUCAGAUCAGAAAAUUUUUCUCUUAUUACAACAUGCUGAAGGAGGUCGUCUCUAUGACUAUAUUCAAUCAUACACACCCAGAGCAGCGUCGCGGGCAAGUAAUUAUUUCUCAGUAUUGUUCCCAGAUGAAAUGGAACCGAAAACAUCGCUAAAUGUCAAUUGUACGCAAAAUGAUCCCGAUAGCACCCAAGAUUCAGAUUAUGCUGAAACCAUUAGCAUGCCUAGUUCUAUUGAAUCGAACUAUGUAGAAUUACCACUUGCAGAUUCCUCUGAGUUCAGUGAGCUGGUGCGUUCGUCCCAAAAACUACUUCAAUCAGUUUCAAAAACUUUGCAACAGAUAAAAAAAUUGGAAGAAACGCCAAAUACAAUUAAUAAAACGAGCGAUAAAGACUUAGAAGCAUCAAAGCACGAUGAAUGCUCUCCCUCGGGAAAGGUUAUUUGCGAAGUCUACAAAAUUCCAGAAGCUAGCUUGAAACAAUGGGCACGGGAAUUGGCUGUUGUUAUACACAGUCUGCACGGGAAAGGUGUCAUAUUAGGCGAUCUUCAUAUGGAUAAUUUAUUGCUUGGUGCCAAAGGUCAAUUAUUACUUACAUAUUUUUAUCAAAAUGAAGGUCUAAGCGAUACCGACAGCUAUAUGCACAAAGCAUACAGUCAUGCUGCAUUAGAUGGACAUUAUGUUGCCCCUGAGCGGCCACUCACAUUCAGAUCAGACUGGUGGAGCUAUGGCGUAAUACUUUAUCAAUUGCUUUUAGGGCUGCCUUUUAAAUCAACGCACCCCGGAAAUAUGGAUUUAUAUGGAUUUUUACAAUACCCUGAAAAUUUCGAAAUAUCGGAGUGUGCCAAAGAUUUGCUUGAAAAAUUAUUGCAGCAAAAGCCAGAAGAGCGUGCAGAUUAUGACGUAAUACAAAAACAUACAUUUUUCAGCGGUACAAAUUGGGAGUCUUUGCAAAAUUGCUAAACUGGUUGUAAUAAAUAGUAUUAACAAAAAAAAAAAAAAAAAAAAACUUUA